AUGUCUCACACUUAUGUACUUUAUUACGCACAGGGCGCUGCAAGUCUUUGUGUUCAUUGGAUGUUGAUCGAUGCCAAGGCAACACAUGAGAUAAAGUCUGUUGAUAUUACUACUGGCCAGAACAAGCAGGAUGCCUAUCUCAAGAUCAACCCACGUGGACUCAUCCCAACGUUGAUGAUCGAUGGUGUCGCCCACUAUGAGACCGCCGCACUAAUGAUGCUGCUGAGCGAGCACUACCCACAGUACGCACCCGCUGUCGGCAGCCCCGCCCGCGGAGUCUGGCUCGAGCUCAUUGUCCACUGCGCCAACGUCCUGGCACCAAUGAUGCGCGAUUGGUACUACGCCGAUAAGGAGGCACCCGCCGGCCACGCCGACGCCAUCAAGGAUAUUGCUCGCGAGCGUGUUGAGCGCGCUUGGGCCCGCUUCGACGACAUCCUCUCGGACGGACGUGUCUAUCUCGCCGACAACAAACUGACUGCACUCGACUUUUUGGCCACAAUGUACAUGCGCUGGGCACGCAACAUGCCCAAGCCACCCACAGCUUGGCCCAACGUCAAUCGCUACGUCCAACACAUGCGAUCAUUACAAUCAUUCGCCACACUCAACCAGCGUGAGGGACUCACUGAAUGGAUGAAUGCU